GCUGUAUACCGCGUUUAAAAAGAGACCCACCAGUUUCCGAGAAAGCAUGGAAAAAUAUAUGUACAAUAUCAAAGAUGGCAUUAAAUGAUAGUUUGGCUCCAACCAUAUGAAAUGCCCCCAUAAUGUCUCUCCGAAAUUUCACAUAUGCUUUCCAGUUUCAAAAGAGACCCACAAGUUUCCGAGAAAACAUGGAAAUAUGUGUAGAAUAUCAAAGAUUCCUCUCAGAGUUACCGAAAAGAGACCCCAAUCGAAAUGUCGCCGAGUUCGAUGAAAAUGUUGAAGAAACAAAUAUACCAAAGGAUGUGAAAGAAGGUCAUUUUGCGGUGAUUGCAGUCAAUGAUGGGAAAUCAAAGAGAUUUAUCUUGGAACUGAGUUAUCUGAGGAAUCCAGCGUUUUUGAUGUUACUAAAGCAAGCAAAAGAGGAAUAUGGAUUCCAACAAAUGGGAGCUUUAACACUCCCUUGUCACCCUGAAGAGUUGCAGAAGAUCUUAGAACACUAAAUAAAGAGAACUACUACUAGCCUCUAGG